CAAUCAAAUUCGAAUGAUACGCCCCUUAGCACUUCAUUUGCGCUCCCAUUGGAUGCUAAAGAACGAGGAACCGUUUUCAAAAUCAAAGGCGUAAAGCUGUCAGCGGGUGCUGAUAUGGCAGGAUUCGGGGGCCUCGGAAGUGUCUUUCAGCGGCGGAGGAAGAAAAAUGGCAGCAGUAGACGCUGGGCCAUAAGGAGCAAGCAGCCGCUUAGAACUUCCGUUGUCACACCAAUAGCCCCUGGCCCUGAUACCCAGUCCAAACAACAGGAUAAAGGUGGACAUAGAGGAGGCCAGUGUUCAAGAGACACUAAACAGCUGUCUCCAACACGAAAUAUUGGGGCACUGUUUUUUACAGUUCGAAGUCUUAUGCAGAAGUGCAGAAAUAUCAUUAGUACUGCCUGUUCUGGCUUCCUAAAUGUUUUCCGUUUUUGGAGAGGCUAUGCAGAACGAGUGGAGUCCCUUCAUCGAAAAGUUGAGGAACUACAAAUGGAAGUAGCGCUGUUGCAUUCCACUCUAAAGCUGUCUCGUGAAGCCAAGGCUGCAUGUGGUACUUUGGAAAUAUCUGAUGGUGCUGCUCAUGCACUACCACCUCCUCCUCCACCUGUCUCCCUUCCACCUCCUCCACCACCACCGCCGCCACCACCACCUCUUCCACCCACAUUUGCUGUUCCAAAAGUGUCCCUAUUUGCCAAAAGGUCUGCACAACCUCCCACUCCAAAGAAGAAAGAUGGCCCUGUUGCGGUGACUCUACGGGAUCUUCAAACAGUACGACUACGAAAGGUGGGCGUAACCAAUAAAGCUCAGAUUUCUCCAGACAAACGUAGGAACCCACUGGUCACACUCGCGGACUUGCAGAAAGUCCGUUUGCGACGCUCUCAUUCUGACGUGUCAGUAAGAUUUAGAUCAAGCCUUGGAAGGUCACCAACCAAAGGUUCAAUGAAUCUACGAGUACAGCUUCGGAAAAUCAACAUGAGCAGGAGUCCUGGCGGUACACCCCUGUGUAAUAAGGAGAAUGAGGCGAUGGAUUCGAGCCUUGAAUUAAGCAUGACCAAAGCUUUAGGAAACAAGCACCGGAGUGCUUUAACAAAAGGACUAUCACCACUGAAGUCUGUCUAAGCCAAGAAGGAAACAGACCAUUUUAUUGUUUUAACAAUCUUUAUUGCACAUUGUGUUUUGUAUGACCUUUUGAUGAUACAAUACCUAAUAGUGUUGCCUUAUAUUUUUUUUGUCUGUUAGCUUUUUAUGUUUACUGCGACAUUACUACUGGUUUUUACCAGUUCAUACUGCCGUUACUACUGUAACAAUACAAGUGAUCUAGCAGUGUGUUUUAAGUAUGAUCAACUCUGUUUCUUGCUCCUUGCUGUUUUAUAUCAACCCUUAUGUUACAAACAUGAAAAACAACAACUGCAUACUGUAUAAAAAUGUAACAUGUACAUAUUGUUGUGCAUAAUGUAAAAUACAGCACAUUAAUGGAAUCUACUGUAAAUGAUUGUGAUUGUGUCAUACAGUGGCUCAUCUGUAAAAUACAAUAUCUGAUACUGUGUGUUGAAAUUUGCCCAGAGGUAGGUUAGGUAAGUUAUUGAUGCAUAAAUUCGAUGUGCUAGCGAGUAAAAUGUAAAGCACAACGACUUUGUACAAACUUUGUGUAUUUUUUUUUGCAGGUGUUAACACCAAAUUGUUUACAUGUUAUGAUGUCUUAAUGUUUUAUUUUAAGGGUCUUUUGCAAUUUAUUUUUUAAACAAUUUUAUUAUCCAAAAAAUCACUGCAACAAAUGCAAAAUGUUUAAUAAAUAUUGAAGCUGCAACAA